AUGUUUAGUGAAAAGACCAUCGUGGCUUUGGCUACUGCUCCAAUUACCCAAAAUAUUGCUUUAAUUAGAAUAUCAGGUUCGGAAGCCUAUAGCCUAAUUAGCAAAUUUUUUGACCGUCCCUUGCCAGAAUAUCCACAAAAAAAACCACAAUUAACCUUUGGCAACAUCAUUAACCAAAAUAAAGAAAUCAUCGACCAAGUUUUGCUUUUGUGUUUUUAUAAGCCUCAUUCUUUUACCGGAGAAGACGUCAUAGAAAUUAGUUGCCACGGUAAUUUAUUCAUUGUUAACCAAAUAUUACAACUAAUCUUGGAGAAUGGUGCCGAAUUAGCCAAGGAAGGCGAAUUUACUAAGCAAGCUUUUUUUAAUGGCAAAUUAAACCUAAUUCAAGCCAACGCAAUAAAUGAUUUAAUUCGGGCUCCUAGUUUGGAAGGAACAAAGUUAGCCCUCCACAAUUUAAGUCCCGAAAGCCAAAAAGAAUUAGAUUUUAUUGAGAAUGAACUACUAGCAAUGAUUGCCACCAUUAAAGUCAAUAUUGAUUACCCUGAAUAUGACGGGGUAGAAUACUUAACUGGCAAAAAAGUUUUGUCUCGUCUAAGCAAAUUAGAAAAAAAAUUAAAGGAAAUUAAAGAAAGCGGUAAAAAAAUUCGCGUUUACCAGGAAGGUUUAAAAGUAGCCAUAGUUGGCAAGCCGAACGUUGGCAAGUCUACGCUUUUAAAUGCUCUUCUACAAGAAGAAAAAGCCAUUGUUUCGCCAAUUGCGGGCACCACUCGGGACAUAGUAGAAGCCCAUUAUAAUCUCCAAGGAAUUCCUUUAACCUUACUGGAUACAGCCGGCAUUCACGAAACCCAAGACAUAGUCGAAAAAAUUGGAGUAAAAAGAAAAGACGAGAAUAUUUACCAAAAAGUUAAGGAAAAAAAUUACUGGCUUAUUGCUAAUAAAACAGAUAAAUUAAGUAAAUUACAACUCCCUUCUUUUCUUUCUCCGGAAAAAGUCUUGCGAAUUAGUGCCAAAAAGCAGCAAAUAACCGAAUUGGCAACAAAAAUUAACGAAUUAUUUGCUAGUGAUUUAAUAAAUAAAUUGCCUACUUAUCCAGUUUUCAGUCAAAGUUGGCAACAGGCUAAAUUAACGCGACUUAUUCAACAAUUAGAGGGGGUAAUUAGCGCACUAAAGAAAGAAGUAUACUUAGAUGCCGUAUGUAGUGAUUUAGAAUUAGCCUAUAAAUUAGUAAAAGAAUUAAGCGGCAAAGAGUAUAGCGGAGAAUUAUUAGACAUCAUUUUUAGACAAAACAUAGGCAUCACUAAUGGAAAUUUGGUAAUUGCGAAUAGCUUUGAUUUCGUUGCCGAAACUCAGAAAUUAAGCCAAUUGGAAGAAAUAAGAGUUCAAGAAGAGAUAAAAGAUGCUAAUUUCGGCAGUUGUUUAAGAGCAAAAGGUAAAUUAACCUUAACUUUUGACCGAGCCCAAAAAAUGGAAUUGCGAGCCCAAAAAAUGGAAUUUGUCAAUCCCGCAGCGGCCGAUUAUCCUCUACAAAAGCAAGCAAUUCCCUUAGAAGUAGUAAGAAAUUAUCCGCAUUUGCGAGCGAAAACUAAUUACUUUUUGGUCGUUUUCAAAAUAAGAAGUCAGGUUAGUUGGGCUAUUCAUCAAUUUUUCCAGCAAGCAGGAUUUUAUUACGUUCACACCCCCCUAAUUACUUCUAGCGAUACCGAAGGAGCCGGAGAAUUAUUUACGGUUACCACUAGACAAGAUAAGCAAUACGAGAAGGAUUUUUUCCGCAAACAAGCCAAAUUAACGGUUAGCGGUCAACUCCAAGCCGAAGCCUUAGCCCAAGAAAUGACUUUUGCUGACCUUGACGAACUUCUUAAUUUGGCGGAAAAUUUACUAAAAUACGUUAUCAAAGAAUUAAUAGAAAAAAACUUACCAGAACUAGAAUGCUUAGAAAAAUAUCACCAAAAAGCAUUAAUUAAUGAACUAAAAAACAUCAGCAAACUGGCUUUUCCUCGACUUGACUAUGACGAGUGUUUGAAAAUAUUAGCAAAAAACAAAAAAAACUUUGUUUACAACGAAAUUAAAUGGGGAAUAGACCUUCAAUCAGAACACGAAAAAUACCUUUGCCAAUACUUUGAUAAUAGACCAGUUUUUGUUAUUAAUUAUCCGGUUGAAUUAAAGGCUUUUUACAUGAAAAAUAAUCCUGACCAAAAAACAGUAGCUUGCUUUGAUUUAUUGUUUCCAGGAGUAGGCGAGUUAAUUGGUGGCAGCAUGCGAGAAGACAAUUAUCAACUUUUAGGGGAAAAAGCCCAAAAAAUCGGCUUAGAUGUUGGCAAUUUGACCUGA